AUGCCAGCUGAAGGAUGGGAGGAGUAUUUGUCAAGAUAUCUAUGGGUGGAACAGAUGAAAAACAAGACUCCCGACUCUGUUGUCAAAGCCCUGAGGAAAAUAUUUACAACCUCUCCUUUCCUCAAAAUCAUAAGACGAAGAUCAGCACGUAACCAACAGUUAUCUACCACCACCACAGCAGCAGCAGCAGCAGCAGCAGCAAGUAAACAGUUAUCUGCAACCACCACCGAAGCAGCAGCAAGUAAACAGUUAUCUACAACCACCACCGCAGCAGCAACAGCAAGAAACCAACAGUUAUGUACCUGCACCACCGGAGCAGCAAGUAACCAACAGUUAUCUACAACAACCACCACUGCAGCAGCAGCAGCAAGUAAACAGUUAUCUACAACGACCACCACAACAGCAGCAAGUAACCAACAGUUAUCUACAAUAACCACCACUACAGCAGCAGCAGCAGCAAGUAAUCAGUUUUCUACAACCACCCCCGCAGCAGCAAGUAAACAGUUAUCUACCAACACCAUCACAGCAGCAGCAAGUAAAGAGUUGUCUACCUGCACCACCGCAGCAGAAGCAAGUAGUUAUCUACAACCCCCACCGCAACAGCAGCAAGAAAGGAGUUAUCUACAUGCACCAUCACAGCAGCAGCAAGUAGCCAACAGUUAUCUACCUGCAUCACCGCAGCAGCAAGUAACCAAGAGUUAUCUACAACCACCACCAUUGCAGCAGCAGCAGCAGCAGCAAGUAAACAGUUAUCUGCAACCACCAUCGAAGCAGCAGCAGGUAAACAAUUAUCUACAACCACCACCACCACAACACGGUGGUGCAGCAAGCAAACAGUUGUCUACAAUCACCCCCGCAGCAGCAGCAAGUAAACAGUUAUCUACAACCACCACAACAACAGCAGCAAGUAACCAACAGUUAUCUACCUGUACCACCGCAGCAGCAAGUAACCAACAGUUAUCUACCUGCAUCACCGCAGCAGCAAGUAACCAAGAGUUAUCUACAACCACCACCAUUGCAGCAGCAGCAGCAGCAGCAAGUAAACAGUUAUCUGCAACCACCAUCGAAGCAGCAGCAGCGGUGGUGCAGCAAGCAAACAGUUGUCUACAAUCACCCCCGCAGCAGCAGCAAGUAAACAGUUAUCUACAACCACCACAACAACAGCAGCAAGUAACCAACAGUUAUCUACCUGUACCACCGCAGCAGCAAGUAACCAACAGUUAUCUACAACAACCACCACUGCAGCAGCAGCAGCAGCAGCAGCAGCAGCAAGUAAACAGUUUCCUACAACCACCACCACACCAGCAGCAAGUAACCAACAGUUAUCUACAACAACCACCACUACAGCAGCAGCAGCAGCAGCAGCAGCAGCAAGUAAUCAGUUGUCUACAACCACCCCCGCAGCAGCAAGUAAACAGUUAUCUACAACCACCAUCACAGCAGCAGCAAGUAAAGAGUUGUCUACCUACACCACCGCAGCAGCAGCAAGUAGUUAUCUACAACCACCACCACAACAGCAGCAAGAAAGGAGUUAUCUACCUGCACCACCGCAGCAGCAGCAGCAAGUAA